CCUUUAAGAAACUCUGUCGCCUUGGUUACCGUGCCAAUCGGAAAGUAACAUCAAAUAUCUUUAGGAUGUGAACGGAGGUGGCUGGAGUCUGUGCUUUUUCCUCUCACUGCCCAGAUCUUACCUUCAACUCUGACCUUUGACCUCUCCACCGGAAGAAGAGAUGAACGGGGUGGAUGGCAGCAGACAGCCGGUCUCCUGCACAGUCAAACCUCCGGUCUACCUGCAGAUCGGAGAGUCCAAAGCAGAACCGGUUCAGUCCGGGGUCUGUGUGGUCGAUGUCCCCCUCCCCUUUGGAAAACCAGUCAGUGUUGAGGAAAUCACCUUUAAGAACUACUACACUGCCUACGUUACUGUGCGUUUGCUGAGGAGGGCUUCUGGACAGGAUGGGCCGACCAAGUGGGUCACGGCUCUCAGAGACCUGCCGCUGAUGGACAACCCGCACACAGAGAGAGGCUCCCAGGAUUACUUCUCCGUCCACAGGAAGCAGAUGCUGGUGGAGGCAGACCAGGUGGUUUCUGUCAGGCUGAUCCUGAGGCAGCCGUCGUCCGCCUGGCUGACCUUCAGCUUGGAGGAGAUCAAAAUAUUCCCCCACACGGAGCCGGAGCCCCAGAAGGAGGUUUCUGAUUGGCUGUCUGACCUGAUUCUGGUGGACCAGCUUCCUGAAGUGGAGGGCCUGCCGGACCCGCACACCGUUUCCUCCAGCAUCCAGCAGAUGUGGGCUCUGACCGAGAUCAUGCAGACCAACCAGACCACAGCCUCCAUCGGACGCUUCGACGUGGACGGAUGUUACGACAUCAACCUGCUGGCGCUGACGUAACGCGGCUUUCAGAGCAACACACACUUCCUGUGUGGAGGCAGGAGCCCAGAGAGCCGCCUGCUGGUUUAUGGCUUUGUGUCGUCGUCAUGGAGAUCACAUCACAACACCAAACCUUUAGCAGAAUAACUCCUGAUCCUCAUCCUGAUCCACUUCUGCUUUUAUUUGGACGUUUCUCUCAUUUUUUCUCUUAAAUAUAAAUGAUCUUUUCUUCUUUGCUGGUUUUUGCUAAUAAUUCAGACUUAAAGACAAAUAAAAAUCAUAAAACUGAUGAAGUUAAAUCCAUUUUCACAGAUUAACAUUUAGAUCCUAAAUGAGGAAAAGCUGAAAUGAUUCACUCAUUUACAUAAUAAAAGAUUUUAAAUAUC